AGUUACUUGGUGACAAAUAUAGUUUACAAUCCAUCUCUUUCCAGACUCUCUCAAGCCACCCCCUUAUUCUCACUGUAACAACAAACACUAACAGAGAAAACUCCGCAGCUCAAAAAUGGCGACGAUGCUACAAUUAUCACCUUUUCUUCAUCAAUGUUCGUCUCUCUCCGCAUUUCCGCAUUCCUCGCUUUCUUCACCAUCAAUCUCCUUGUCGUCUUCUUCAUAUUCUCGUUUGUCUGUGAAAUUAAGAGUGUAUGCAUGUAUUCAGACAUCUCCUUCUCCAAUGAAUGUGGUAAAUGGAAACGCUGAUUUUAGCGCUAUUGAGCGCGCUGAAAUUCGCUUUGGACUUCCUAGUAAAGGUCGCAUGGCAUCCGACACGCUUGACCUGCUUAAGGAUUGUCAGUUGUCGGUGAAGCAAGCGAAUCCACGGCAAUACGUUGCUCAAAUUCCUCAGCUUUCAAAUUUGGAAGUCUGGUUUCAGCGACCAAAAGAUAUUGUAAGGAAGCUGCUAUCUGGAGAUCUGGAUCUCGGUAUUGUAGGAUUUGAUACUCUUAGUGAGUAUGGAAAGGGCAGCGAAGAUCUCAUUAUUGUUCAUAAUGCUCUGGAGUAUGGGGAGUGCCACUUAUCACUUGCAAUUCCCAAAUAUGGCAUAUUUGAGAAUAUAAAUUCCGUGAAGGAGCUUGCGGAAAUGCCGCAAUGGACAGCUGACAAACCUCUGCGAGUCGCAACUGGUUUUACUUAUCUGGGUCCGAAGUUCAUGAAAGAUAACGGGCUAGAGCAUGUUGCUUUUUCAACUGCGGAUGGAGCACUUGAGGCUGCCCCUGCUAUGGGGAUAGCUGAUGCAAUUUUGGACCUUGUAAGUAGUGGGACAACUUUAAAAGAGAACAAUUUGAAAGAAAUUGAAGGUGGUAUUGUGUUGCAGAGUCAGGCUGUGCUUGUUGCAAGCAGGAAAUCCUUGAUUCAUCGUAAAGGUGUUCUUGACACAACCCAUGAGAUAUUAGAAAGAUUUGAGGCACACCUCAGAGCAGUUGAUCAGUUUACGGUAACGGCAAACAUGAGGGGCAGUAGUGCAGAGGAAGUUGCUGGGAGAAUCCUUAGCCAAUCAUCUCUGUCUGGACUGCAGGGGCCCACUAUUAGUCCUGUUUUCUGUAAAAGAGAUGGAAGGGUGUCAGCAGAUUAUUUUGCUAUAGUUAUAUGCGUACCUAAAAAGGACCUCUAUAAGUCCGUUAAGCAGCUAAGAGCUAUUGGUGGCAGUGGAGUCCUCAUUUCACCUCUCACCUAUAUAUUUGAUGAAGAAACUCCGAGAUGGAGCGAGUUGCUUGCCAAUCUCGGCCUAUGAUGAUCAACAUCAUUCUUCGGUGUUCUCUUGUGUGCUCUAGAGGUGGAGUGUAUUUAGAAAAAGUAUUUGGAAGCGAUUACUAAAUUUUGUUUGUCAUAUUUGUUAGAAAUUAAUCAAUUAUCUACUCUCAGUAAGCCCUAUCCAAUCUUUGAUGAAGUAGAUGAAAGGAUAGUUUGAAUUUGAACUACUUGGUUGUAGUGAGUGGUAUAUCUCAAUUAAUAUUUGAUAGAAGAGCAAGAUUGCACAGGGAGUAGUACGAAAGUCUGCUCAAUGUACUUCCAAUGUUGUAGAGUUGAGUGUUGAAUGAAUAUUCUACGGUUUGCUCAGAGCUUGUUUGAUAUCAAAUUUCAGAUGACUUCUUCCUCGAA